UAUUUUUUCUCUCACUCACUCUCUUUUUCGCAAUGGUCAACGAAGAAUUAGAAUUAGGCCAGCAAUUGGAAAGAUUAAAAUUAGCCUCAAAAGAGGAUCCACCAUCUAAUUACAACAGUGAUACAGAUGAGCCACUUCCUCGUAAACGAAAUCAUGACGAUAAAUUAACUAAAGAAGUCAACCUGGAUCAUGAUUACUCCUCUUCACCUGCAAAAGUGUCUCGACAAGAUUUCGAUACUAUUUGUGUUCUUGGUCGAGGAGCUUUUGGCAAAGUGUAUUUGGUCAAGCAUCAAAAAAGUAGAGAACUCUAUGCCAUGAAAGUACUCAAGAAGGCUUCACUUAUCGUUCAUGGCAAACAAGCUGUUCAAGCAAAGACAGAAAGACAGAUCUUGGAGGACGUUCGACAUCCAUUCAUUGUUAAGCUAUGCUUUGCCUUUCAGACACCAACUGAACUUCACAUGAUUUUAGAUUAUGCUGUAGGUGGUGAAUUAUUUCGUCAUUUGGUUCAUGAGGGCAUGUUUUCUGAAAGCACUGCGGUCUUUUAUGCAGCAGAACUUGUAUUAGCUUUGGAUCAUUUGCACUCACUUGGUAUAGUCUACAGAGAUUUGAAGCCUGAGAAUUGCUUGUUAGAUCAAGAAGGCCAUGUCGUUUUGACAGAUUUCGGUUUAUCAAAGGUGGCUGUGGAUGGUAAAACAAAUACGAUUUGUGGAACGGCAGAGUAUAUGGCACCUGAAAUCUUGAUGGGUUUAGAGUAUGAUGAUACUGUCGAUUGGUGGAGCUUUGGCAUACUCAUCUUUGAUAUGAUCACAGGCUCACCUCCAUUUAGCUCAACUAACCGUAAAAAGACGGUCGAUUCGAUUUUAUCUAAAAAGAUCACGUUUCCUUAUUACAUGACAGCAGAAGCAAAGGACAUUUUAUCAAAGCUUUUGCGUAAAAAUCCGAAUGCAAGAUUAGGCGCAAAGCCAAAGAAAGCAGAUGCUAUCCGUCGUCAUCGAUUCUUUAGACACAUUGAUUGGAAAGCUUUAUUAAAUAGACAAAUAACACCACCCAUUGUACCUAUUAUUACUAAUCCUGAAGCAGCUGAGAACUUUGAUCCUACAUUUACCUCGGAAGCACUCACUGCUUCAUCUCCUCUGCAGGAUGAUUUACAAAAAGUAGACAGUCAUUUUCUGAACUUUAGUUUUGUAAAUAGUCAUGUACAUAUAUGAAUACAUAUGAUUUUUCUUUAUUUAAAACAGGGCAGUUUAUAUUUGCCCAUUGUAUUUACACGACAUUCGAGUCUUUUGAAGUGUGUUGAUGAACAGUGCCGCUAAUUAGAGCGUUGAUCUUUUUCGUGGAAGUGUAUGUCAACAAACAAAAUAUAAAUAAAGAGCCAAUCUUGUAAACACAAGGGUCACUAAACCAAACCCUAGAGACACAAAAUAACCGGCCCCCUGCAUGCUAAUGAUAUAUAAAGCCAAGACGAUAUUUUUCUUUUAUUUCAUAUAUUAUUAUAACGUGCCUGAAGAUGAAAUU